AGCCAUUCAUAAAGUACACAAGUCCAAGCUCGCGGCUGAGUGUUGUCGAAAAGUGAGCGCGGCGCACACGGAGAGCGGCACUUCCCGUGCGCCACGCAGAGGGAGACGAGCGCGUUUUUAGGAUGGUGACCCAGAACCUGAACGUGACUCGACCCAGCCCCGCUGGAUAUGAGCUGGACUGAUAUUAGGUUGCAUCCCUAUCCGUUUCCUCCUCCUCACACUGACGUCCAUCCGCUGUGAAAGGAAAAAAAAAAAAAAAAAAAAAAAACUUAUUCCACAGUUUUUUUUCUUUUCCUGCGAGAGGGAACGUCUGCCUCUGGCGUUACCGGUAAGCAUUGGAUCCGUCAACUUACUGCGACUCUCCGGUGUACAGCCCGGACCUCUGCCCCAACAUGAUCGCGACGCAGGCGAAGCUGGUUUACCAGCUCAACAAAUACUACAACGAGCGGUGCCAAGCGCGCAAAGCGGCCAUCGCCAAGACCAUUAGGGAGGUCUGCAAAGUGGUGUCGGACGUCCUGAAGGAGGUGGAGGUGCAGGAACCGCGCUUCAUCAGCUCCCUCAGCGAGAUCGACGCGCGCUACGAGGGGAUGGAGGUCAUCUCCCCCAACGAGUUUGAGGUGGUGCUCUAUCUCAACCAGAUGGGAGUGUUCAACUUCGUGGACGACGGCUCCCUGCCCGGCUGCGCCGUGCUGAAGCUGAGCGACGGCCGGAAGCGGAGCAUGUCGCUGUGGGUCGAGUUCAUCACUGCCUCCGGCUACCUGUCGGCCAGGAAGAUCCGCUCCAGGUUCCAGACUCUGGUGGCGCAGGCCGUGGACAAAUGCAGCUACCGCGACGUGGUGAAGAUGGUGGCCGACACCAGCGAGGUCAAACUGAGGAUCAGGGAGCGCUACGUGGUGCAGAUCACACCCGCCUUCAAGUGCACCGGGAUCUGGCCUCGCAGCGCGGCGCAGUGGCCCAUGCCGCACAUCCCGUGGCCCGGACCGAACCGGGUGGCCGAGGUGAAAGCGGAGGGCUUCAACCUGCUCUCCAAAGAGUGCUACUCGCUGACGGGCAAACAGAGCUCGGCGGAGAGCGACGCCUGGGUGCUGCAGUUCAGCGAGGCCGAGAACCGGCUGCUGAUGGCCGGCUGCAGGAAGAAGUGUCUCUCCGUCCUCAAGACUCUGAGGGACCGACACCUGGAGCUGCCGGGACAGCCGCUCAACAACUACCACAUGAAGACGCUGCUGCUGUACGAGUGCGAGAAGCACCCGCGGGAGACCGACUGGGACGAGUCGUGCCUGGGAGACCGGCUGAACGGCAUCCUGCUGCAGCUCAUCUCGUGUCUGCAGUGCCGCAGAUGUCCCCACUACUUCUUGCCAAACUUGGACUUGUUUCAGGGAAAGCCGCACUCGGCCCUGGAGGCUGCUGCCAAGCAGACGUGGAGACUAGCGAGGGAAAUCCUCACCAACGCCAAAAGUUUGGACAAAUUAUAAAAAAAAAGAAAAGAAAAAAAAGCGCAGAACCGAGACCGUUCGAAUAUUAUUAUUAUUAUUAUUAUUAAUUAUUAUUAAUAAUAAUAAUAAAAACCCUCCACAGACAGACAAAGACGGCUAAUUCUCCGAGCAAUGUGAAAGUAAAUAAGGCUUAGAGCAAAUCAUCUUUAAAAAUAAUAAUAAUGAAAGGAGCAAAUGGGGCCACUGCCAAGACAGAAAGCAAGGUACAUUUUCAGAUCAAUGUCAUGACUUUGAGCUGUCUUCUUGAAAUGUUUUCACAAAGUGAAGAAACUUUUAUUUAAAUAUAUGCACGCACGCACGCACACAGACACACACAAAAUCGUUAAGUGGAAGAAGAGAAAUGUUGCGUGCCAAGUGCGAUUUUUUUGUUCCUUUUCCUCAUGUGACUUCCAGAGAAAUGUUAAUAAAAUGUUGAAAGUUAAAUUACAACUU